GUGAAUCGUAGCUGUGUUGACACGUAUGUAGCUAGCCGUCUGUUCCUCAGAGCUUUUACACGACUGUUAAAAGGUAAACAUUUAAAUCGUGUAAACAGCUUUAACUUUAUAUUUAUAUUAAACUCCUCUCGGACGCGUUAACAGGAAAUUAACUCAGCAGUAUUAAGCUUUUAAAGGCCCCUCACCAUGUCUGGGUUUGAGAGUUUCAACACAGAUUUCUACCAGUCUCCUUACACCGUAGACGAACAGAACCAAGGAUCUUACGGCUACAGCAAUGCAGAAGAGCCGUACAACAAACAGUACGGUCAGUACGACUAUUCUCAGCAGAUAGGCUACGGUGCCCCACCCAUGAUGCAGCCUCAGCAGCAUUAUACAGGACAGAUCUAUCAACCCACGCCUGCGUUCACACCGACCGCCUCACAGUCCAUGUACAACAGCAGCUUUGAGGACGAGCCACCGCUGCUGGAGGAGUUGGGAAUCAAUUUUGACCACAUCUGGCAGAAGACGCUGACGGUGCUGCACCCUAUGAAGGCAGCAGAUGGCAGCAUAAUGAAUGAAACUGAUCUGGCUGGUCCCAUGGUGUUCUGCCUGGCCUUCGGGGCUACGCUGCUGCUCACGGGUAAGAUCCAGUUCGGCUACGUUUACGGGAUUAGCGCCAUCGGCUGCCUGGGCAUGUACUGCCUGCUGAACCUCAUGAGCAUGACCGGUGUCUCCUUCGGCUGCGUAGCCAGCGUCCUGGGGUACUGUCUGCUACCCAUGAUUCUCCUCUCCAGCUUUGGUGUGCUCUUCUCCUUACAAGGAUUGCUGGGGAUCAUAUUAACGGCUGCCAUCAUCGGAUGGUGCAGCUUUUCUGCCUCAAAGAUCUUCAUCUCAGCUCUGGUGAUGGAUGGACAGCAGCUGCUGGUGGCUUAUCCCUGCGCUCUGCUCUAUGGAGUGUUCGCUCUCAUCUCCGUAUUCUGAACUUUGUUUACAGGACAAACGACGCACCAACACACACUUUUAAUCUUAAUCAACAGCCACUUUGAAACAAAGUGCGCAGACCAGGCCAUGAUCCGGCCAAGACAAGAAGCUCCUCACAAAUUUAGCACAUUCCCUCUUUAAACAUCUGCCAGAUGUGGUCCACAGUUGUUCUCUCUCUCCCCCCCCUCCCCCCGUCUCUCUCUCUCUCUCUCUCUCUCUCUCUCUCUCUCUCUCUCUCUCUCAGCCCUGUUUACUUUUAGACCGGUUGCUUGUCCAGUCUUCAGUUUUAUCAUUUCAAAAGUGACUUAUUUGUAUUUUUUCUUGUUUAGAUUAACGAACAAAAUUAAAAGGCUCUCUAAACGGCUGAAAGUGGACCAGAGGCAUUUAUAUAUAUAUAUAUAAAUAGUGAAUAAUUCUGUUAUCAAAUCACGUUUGUUUCUCCUUUAUUACAACACGCAGCUUUCUACAGAACACAGCUGCUUUUUUUCUGCUGUGCUCAGCAUGUUGUCAGGUUGUCAGCAUGUGAUUAGUUCAGGACAUGUGGUGAGUGUGUGGUGUUUAUUUUAAACACACACUCUUACACACCAAAAAAUGUAUUUCUUCCCCCCCCAGUGUUUAUUAACGUGUGUAAAUGAUGGAACGGCCCAAACCACGGAAACAUUAUCAUUUAAAUCGCUUUGAGUUCAAAUCCAAAGCCACGGCUCUUAUUUCGGCACGAAUAUAAACCUCUAUUGGUUAUUUUUCUUUACUAAUUUUGUUGAAACUUUACCGUAAUCAUUUAUUUUUUUGGUAAUAACUUUGCACGAGUGUACACGUUCACACUUCACUCCAGUACAAGCUUCAGGUUUGCUCUUUGCUCUGUUUGUCUCUCACAUGGCCGAGACGCCAGAGAGUGUUUUUUUUUUAACGUCUAGGAGAGUCUGAUGGUUUUUAUCUCUUCUGUGAAAAGUCAGUUAAAGAUGGUUGUGUGUUACACUUGUGCUGUUUCACAGGCCAUGUUUCCAAAAUAAAAAAUAAAUGGGUUGAACAUGUGA